UUUUCUCCCAUACUUCGGCUUUCAUACGUUUUUCUGAUUUCGCUGUCGUCACAUCAGUUUUGUAGGGGAGCGUGUGAGUCGCGGCAUAAUUUUGUGCUUUAUUUUGAUAUAGUCGAGUGGAUUGAAUAAGACAUUAAUUACAAAAUGAAAAAUUACAUGCUAAUUUUAUUGUUGGUUCUGCCAACAAUCAUCUGCACUUUCAAUGCCCCCAACAAAUUUUCCGCCUUCGCCGAGGAUGUUGUUGAGGAUGAUAUUGUGGAAGCUGAUGGUGAUGAUGGUUCCGUAACUGGAGAAGAUGCCGAAACCGAAGAUGAUUCCGAGCCACUACAAACGACAUCGCCCUAUGCCGAUACCUUCUUACUGUUUACCAAGCCCACUUAUACACCAGGUCAACAAUUGGAUUUGCCCGGUGGCAAGCCUGUUGAAUUCUUGAUUGGUUUCACCAACAAGGGCCCCAAUGAUUUCGUUGUUGAAUCUGUCGAAGCUUCGUUCCGUUAUCCCAUGGACUUCAACUACUACAUUCAAAACUUCUCUGCCAUCGCUUACAACCGUGAAGUCAAGCCUGGUUCUGAAGCUACCGUCUCUUACUCAUUCUUGCCCUCUGACCAAUUUGCUGGACGUCCCUUCGGUUUGAAUAUUGCCAUGAACUACCGUGACUCCAAUGGUGUCCAAUUCAGCGAAGCUGUCUUCAACGAAACCGUCUUGAUCUCUGAAGUUGAUGAGGGUCUUGAUGGUGAAACUUUCUUCUUGUAUGUUUUGUUGGCUGGUGUCGUUGUUCUGCUAUUGGUUAUUGGUCAACAAUACUUGUUGGGCUCUUCCGGCAAGCGCAAGCGUUCCGCUGCCAAGAAGACCAUUGAAACUGGUACCGCUAACGACAGCACAAUUGACUACGAAUGGUUGCCACAAGAAACUUUGCGUGCUUUGCAAAAAUCUCCACCCAAGUCAAAGACACCCAAAACAUCGCCCAAGCCCGGCAAACAAAGCAGUCCCAAACAAACCCAGAGUCCCAAACCUAAAAAGGCUGUUAAACAACAAUAAGCAGAUGUAGCUUUACAAUAAGAUCAUCAGUAAUUUCAACACCACCACUACCACUCACACCUCAACAACGUUCAUAUAAUUUAUCAUUUCAUAUCGAAAGUCUUUUUUCUUGGAAUUUUUUGAGAUUUUGUUAUUAUGGAAGAGUCCGCAGUGGAAACGAUAAGCCAGGCCGCUAGUAAGAGAUGUCUUCCUUUUAAAGUUGAGUUAUAAGAAACAGCAGUUACGGUUUUAUGGCUUUUAAAAAUUUCGCAAACUAUUUUUAAGCCGACUUUUUUUUAUAUAUAAAAUGUAUUGUCUUCAUUUAUAGAAGAUAUUUUCCUAUUUGUGUUUUUUUGUAAAAAAUAUAAAGGAAAACAAAUGUAAAAAGACUAUUUUAUUAAAGUAAUAACUUACUGAGCGGUAUAUUCUUAUAUGUCCCAGUUUCGUAUAAGAAUAAUGUUGACAUGGAAUUCUUAGCGAUGAUAUAUGCGAAAUUAUUUUAUUUCUUCUUCAUCAUUCUGUAAGUCAAACUUAAUGCACUUGACAUUCUUACAACAACAACAACAAAAAUCCUUAGAGUAAUUAUUUUUUUAAUAAAAAAAGGAAAACAAAAACUUA